AUGGGACGCGUCAUCCGCAACCAGCGUAAGGGUCGCGGCAGUAUCUUCACUGCCAACACCCGCCUGAACAAGGCCCCCGCCAAGUUCAGAUCUCUCGAUUUCGCCGAGCGUCAUGGCUACGUUCGCGGUAUCGUGAAGGAGAUCAUCCACGACCCUGGCCGUGGUGCUCCCCUCGCCCGCGUUCAGUUCAACUCGCCCUACAAGUUCAAGAAGGUCACCGAGACCUUCAUUGCCAACGAAGGCAUGUACACCGGCCAGUUCAUCUACGCCGGCAAGAACGCCGCUCUUACCAUCGGCAACGUCCUCCCCCUCGCUUCCGUCCCCGAGGGUACCGUCGUCUCCAACGUCGAGGAGAAGGUCGGUGACCGUGGUGCGCUCGGCCGCACCUCCGGCAACUACAUCACCGUUGUCGGCCACAACCCCGAUGAGGGCAAGACCCGCAUCAAGCUCCCCUCCGGCGCCAAGAAGGUCGUCAGCUCCAGCGCUCGCGGCAUGAUCGGUAUCGUUGCCGGUGGUGGCAGAACCGACAAGCCCCUCCUCAAGGCUUCUCGUGCCAAGCACAAGUUCGCUGUCAAGCGCAACAGAUGGCCCAAGACUCGUGGUGUUGCCAUGAACCCCGUCGACCAUCCUCACGGUGGUGGUAACCACCAGCAUAUCGGUAAGGCGUCUACCAUUUCCAGAUACGCCGCCCAGGGUCAAAAGGCGGGUCUCAUUGCUGCCCGCAGAACGGGUCUGCUGCGUGGUACCCAGAAGACGAAGGAGUAA